AUGCCAGCUUGUCGUAUCAUGGUAAAGACUAUGUUAGGAGUCGAAGCAGAAAAAGAAAUAAUUAAAAUACCAUUAUCUGAUAGUACAAUUAGUCGUAGGAUUAUAAAUAUAUCAGAAGAUAUUGAGGAGCAGGUUAUUGAAGUUAUAAAAAGUGGAGAAUUAUUUGCCUUGCAAGUUGAUGAAUCAACAGACAUAAGUGGGAAAGCUCAAUUAAUGGCAUUUAUUAGAUUUAUUGUAAAUUCAAAAAUAGUUAGUCAGUUGUUUUGUUGUAAAAAAUUAUCUGGGAUAACAACUGGUCGAGAUGUUUUUGAUGUCAUAAAUAAAUAUUUUAAAAAUUAUGGUGUAUCGUGGACUUCUUGUGUAAGUAUUUGUACAGAUGGGGCGCUAUCAAUGACAGGCUCUAUUAAAGGAUUUAUUACAAUUGCCAAAAAUCAAAAACCAAAUAUAAACACAACACACUGUUUUUUACACAGGGAGGCAUUAGUAGCAAAAAGUAUUGUUAAUGAAUUAAAGAUUGUACUUGAUCAAGUCGUAAUAAUGGUGAAUUUUAUUAAAAGUAGACCUCAAAAAAUUCGAUUAUUUUUCCAGUUAUGUGAAUCAAUGGAAUUUGACCACUAUACAUUGAUUAUUCAUACAGAAUACAUACGUACGUUGUUUAUCAAAAGGGCGAGUUUUAUCACGUUUUUAUGA